AUCUCAUCUGUGACGAGCUGCUUCCCUCAUCUCCGAGCAGAGGGCGGUCCGUCAUGAGGCGCCUGCUAGUAUUAGCUGCCACCAGCUAGCAUGCUACGAUACUGUGCAGUUUACUUUGGGGGCAGCCCAGCGAAGAACAGCAUGAAAUAGUGUUGUUGUUCUCCGCCACAGCGCGUCCAUACACACCACUGGUAACUACAGGCGUCUUUCCACAGGACCCGGACAGUUCGGAUCUCCCGAUCAUUGUUUGGACUCAUGUUAGACUUCCAAAGUGGGCUCGAAUGGGAUUUACCCAGCUAGCCGCAGCUAAUGGUUGUGCUUGGCUGGCUAGCUGCGCGGCCAACCGGUUCGCACUAGCUCUCUGACACAGCUGGUUGACAUCGCGCACCUCAUAGUUAGCAGGUGGAUUAACUGGAGCAACCAUGCCUCCCAGGCCAUCCUCCGGAGAACUAUGGGGGAUGCACUUGAUGCCCCCAAGCAUCAAAGUGGACUGCCUCCUGCCAAAUGGCAUGAUUCUCACGCUGGAGUGCCUCCGGGAGGCCACGCUGAUCACAGUGAAGCAUGAGCUUUUCAAAGAAGCCAGAAAGUAUCCUCUUUACCAUCUACUGCAAGAGGAGAGCUCCUACAUCUUUGUCAGUGUCACCCAAGAAGCCGAACGGGAGGAGUUUUACGACGAAACCAGAAGGUUGUGUGACCUCAGGCUCUUUCAAGCUUUCCUCAAAGUCAUUGAGCCUGUAGGCAACCGAGAAGAGAAGAUUCUCAAUCGAGAAAUAGGUUUUGCCAUAGGAAUGCCCAUAUGUGAGUUUGAUUUGGUUAAGGAUCCAGAAGUGCAGGACUUCAGAAGGAACAUUUUGAAUGUUUGCAAGGACGCUGUGGACCUUAGAGACUGCAAUGGGCCCCACAGUAGAGCCUUGUACGUCUAUCCCCCCAAUGUGGAAUCCUCAGCUGAGCUGCCCAGGCACAUCUAUAACAAACUCGAUAAAGGUCAAAUAAUUGUGGUCAUAUGGGUCAUUGUAUCGCCCAGCAAUGACAAGCAGAAGUACACUCUGAAGAUCAACCACGACUACGUGCCGGAGCAGGUGAUUGCUGAGGCCAUCCGGAAGAAGACGCGCAGCAUGCUGCUCUCCCAGGAGCAGUUAAAGAUGUGCGUGCAGGAAUAUCAAGGAAAGUACAUCCUCAAAGUCUGUGGCUGUGACGAAUACUUACUGGAGAAAUACCCUCUGAGUCAGUAUAAGUAUGUUCGCAGCUGCAUCAUGUUGGGGCGAAUGCCCAACUUGAUGCUGAUGGCGAAAGACAGCCUGUACUCUCAACUGCCUAUGGACAAUUUCACCAUGCCGUCGUACGCAAGGCGGAUAUCCACAGCAACGCCCUACAUGAAUGGGGAAACGGCCACCAAGUCUCUGUGGACUAUCAACGGAACGCUAAGAAUCCGGGUGCUCUGUGCUACAUACGUCAAUGUCAAUAUCAGAGACAUAGACAAGAUCUACGUAAGGACUGGGAUAUACCACGGUGGAGAGCAGUUGUGUGACAAUGUCAACACCCAGCGCGUGCCUUGUUCAAAUCCCAGGUGGAAUGAGUGGCUCAACUACGACAUGUACAUUCCAGACAUUCCCCGUGCUGCCCGCCUCUGCCUCUCCAUCUGCUCUGUCAAAGGAAGGAAGGGAGCGAAAGAGGAGCAUUGUCCCCUGGCCUGGGGCAACAUCAACCUGUUUGACUACACUCACACUUUAGUAGCAGGGAAAAUGGCGCUAAAUCUCUGGCCCGUCCCACAUGGCCUGGAAGACCUGCUUAAUCCCAUCGGUGUCACCGGUUCGAACCCCAACAAGGAAACGCCUUGCUUGGAGUUGGAGUUUGACCAUUUCAGCUCCCCAGUCAAAUUCCCUGAUAUGACCAUCAUAGAAGACCAUGCAAACUGGAAUAUAUCCAGAGAGCUUGGCUUUAAUUACUCCCACACAGGUUUGAGCAACAGAGUGGCCCGAGACAACCCCUUCACUGACAGCGACAGUGAGCAGCUUCGCCUAGUCUGUAACCGAGACCCGUUGUCUGAGAUCACUGAGCAGGAGAAAGACUUUCUAUGGAGGCACAGACACUAUUGUGUCAGCAUGCCCGACAUCCUUCCCAAAAUCCUUCUUGCUGUGAAAUGGAACUCCAGAGAUGAGGUUGCACAGAUGUAUUGCCUUUUGAAGGACUGGCCCGCUAUCAAGCCAGAACAAGCCAUGGAGUUGCUGGAUUGCAACUUUCCCGAUCCCAUGAUCAGAGAUUUUGCCGUAAAGUGCCUUGAGACGUAUUUAACUGAUGACAAACUGUCACAGUACCUCAUUCAACUGGUUCAGGUUCUGAAGUAUGAGCAGUACCUUGAUAAUCCACUCGCCCGCUUCCUGCUGAAAAAAGCACUAACCAAUCAGAGGAUAGGACAUUUCUUCUUUUGGCAUUUAAAGUCAGAGAUGCACAACAAGACAGUUAGCCAGAGGUUUGGCCUCCUGCUGGAGUCCUACUGCCGGGCCUGCGGCAUGUACCUGAAGCACCUGAGCCGGCAGGUGGAAGCCAUGGAGAAACUCAUCAAUCUCACUGACCUCCUCAAACAGGAGAAAAAGGAUGAGGCGCAGAAGGUUCAAAUGAAGUUUCUGGUGGAGCAGAUGAGGAGGCCAGACUAUAUGGACGCACUGCAGAGCUUCACCUCCCCGCUGAAUCCAGCACAUCAAUUGGGAAAUCUCCGUCUGGAAGAAUGCCGAAUGAUGUCAUCUGCCAAGCGACCUCUGUGGCUUAAUUGGGAAAACCCAGAUAUGAUGUCAGAGCUGCUGUUUCAGAACAAUGAAAUCAUAUUCAAAAAUGGAGAUGAUCUGAGGCAAGACAUGCUGACGCUGCAGAUCAUUAGGAUAAUGGAAAACAUCUGGCAGAACCAAGGCCUUGAUCUCAGGAUGCUCCCCUACGGUUGUCUGUCCAUUGGUGACUGUGUUGGUUUGAUUGAGGUGGUGAGGAAUUCUCACACCAUCAUGCAGAUCCAGUGCAAAGGAGGUCUAAAGGGGGCGCUGCAGUUCAACAGCCACACACUGCACCAGUGGCUCAAGGAUAAGAACAAAGGAGAAAUGUAUGACCAGGCCAUAGAUCUGUUCACAAGGUCAUGCGCAGGCUACUGUGUCGCCACAUUUAUCCUGGGCAUAGGUGACCGACACAACAGCAACAUCAUGGUCAAAGAUGACGGACAGCUUUUCCACAUCGAUUUUGGCCAUUUCCUUGACCACAAAAAGAAGAAGUUUGGGUACAAGAGAGAACGUGUGCCCUUUGUGCUGACACAAGACUUUUUGAUCGUCAUAAGCAAAGGAACCCAAGAGUGCACCAAAACAAGAGAGUUUGAAAGGUUCCAGGAGAUGUGUUACAAGGCAUACCUGGCAAUACGGCAGCACGCCAACCUCUUCAUUAACCUCUUCUCCAUGAUGCUGGGCUCAGGGAUGCCCGAGUUGCAGUCAUUCGACGACAUCGCUUACAUUCGAAAGACCUUGGCGCUGGACAAGUCGGAGCAGGAGGCUCUGGACUAUUUCAUGAAGCAGAUGAAUGACGCUCACCAUGGCGGCUGGACUACCAAGAUGGACUGGAUCUUCCACACUAUCCGCCAGCACGCCAUGAACUGACAUUGCAACCAAAGGAGUUUGACACAAAGUUGCACGCAGAGAACCAUAACGGUAGCAGCAAUGAAUUAAACACUAAGGCCUGUUCCCUCUUUUGCCAGCAUGUGACUUUUCAACCAUUACCUGCCAGCUCAGUAUGAACGGCGGUGCUAAGAAGAGCCUUUAUCAGGGACAUGAUGCCUAAAUGUUUUCACGCUGCACUAUAUGACCAGAAAGUGCGGUGGAAUUGUAUUUCAUCAGUUCUCUCCAUAGGAACUAAAACAGUCUAAUGGACCUGGGCACAUUGGGCCGUCUGCAUAAGAACUAACUAUAGACACUUUAUUUUCUUAUUAUUUUUCUAUUCAACGACAUACAUCAGCAUUAAGAGAGGAACAUCACUAUGAAGUUAUACAUCAUCAGCACAGCUGGCUUUUUUUUCCCCUCUGGACAACUGGCAGUAGUCAAACUUUAUCAUUAUUAUUUCUACUACCUAUUUUGAAUUCCUAAAAAUAGGGGUGGGGAAGACAUGAAUGCAUGCAGAAGAAGAAAGAAAAGGAUACUGAGAAGCCAAUACAGAUUAAGCAUUGCAAUCCUGCAAAGGCAAAUAGCAAUAUUCAAGUACAGGACUGACAGAGGAAGUGUUGUGGCUUAACACUUAAAUAGCAUUUAUUACCUGGACUUUUUGCGUGUAGCAUUUGCUGAAGUACUGACUUGGAAGUCAUCCCACACUCAUAAAUGAUUAUUUUAGAUGUUUUUGUACAGCAGUAUAUCCAUAGAUGUGUAUGCAUUAGGGCUGCAACGAACAAUUGUUUUCCUAGUCGAUGAAUCUGAAGCUUGUUUCGAUUAAUCGAUCUAGACGGACCAAUUCAAUAUGAACCAAACACAAACAGUGUUUUGGUCCGCACCAUAUCAGAAAAGAGGCAAAAAUGUCCAUCACUGUUUUCCAAAGUCAAAGCUGAUGCAUGUUUUGCCUUAAGCAUAAAGAUGAACUGUCUGCUUUCAUGGAUGACUAAUGAAAUGAAGAAAUAUUCACAUUUGAGGGGCUGAAAUCAGAGGAUACAGUCGUCCCUUGCAGUAUCGCUGUUCAAUUAUCGCUCCCAUCGCGUUUUUUCAGAAAUUAAUGAUCAAUAAUCAAUGUUCGCUAUUUUGUGGUAGACUAUCGUCUAUUAUUAGUCAAAACACAUUGAAAUACAAGUGAUAUGUAGUAUUCUGGUCACUAGGUGGCAUUAAUGACACAAACGUUGAGACAUUACAUUACAUUACCUUAACACUGCAUGAAGUCAGCCAUGGCGUGUCCGACAUGAUAGAGUGAAAAAAUGUUCUCCCAUUCUGUGUGGAAGUGGUAAUUUAUUUUUUUUUUUUGCUUCUUAAUAAAUUUGAGGCUAAUUGGUUAGCUCACUAGCUUGCUAGCUAGCGGCUGUCUGGAGUCCCUGCAACAUAAGAGUUGAGCAAUGUGUUGCUAACAAUAAAUAAUAGGAGUGUAAAGGUGACUAUAGGCGUGUUAUUUCAUGUCUACAGGGCUUUAAUGUUCAAAAUCCUAUUUAGAAAGUCAUAAACAGGUUUUCUACGCUCUAACUCCGAAAAUCUAAAAUUUAUUAACAUUGAAUCCUAUAUCGUGGAAAUUAUUUAUCGCGGUUGGGUCUGGAACCAAUUAACCGCUCUAAACGAGGGACGACUGUAUGUACAUUUUUAAAUCAAAAAAUGAUGCAUCGAAUACCAGAAUUGAUGAAUUGUUGCAGCUCUAGUAUGCAUAAAGUGCACAUAUUCCUUUUUGAGUCUAUUUCUACUGAGCCAAAGUACUACAUGUAUAACACCCCCACCCCACUACUCAGCAGUCUUAUUGUAAAAAAGAAAGAAAAAGUCCCUUCUAUUCCACUUAUGUAUACUCAUCGCACUGAUCUCUGCAGUAUGUGUUCUUUGUGUCGCGUUGUCUUAUCAGUAUUAUCGGGUCAGAUGUUGAGGCAAAAAUGUGCAGCGCUGCGACAGAUGGACUCGAGCUAACAUCUCUGACCACCAGCUGCACCAAUUUUUUUUUUUCAGCGGGGUGUUGUGCAGUGUUUAGUUGUGUUUUGUUACACUAUGCAAAGUUGUGAUCCUUGUAAGGACUGUAUCCUGCUAAAAAGAACAGUUGAUGUCAGAAAGAGGAAAGACAUGCAAGACGUAUGUUGGCGUCACAUAGAGGAUACAGAGAAGAAAAUGAUGCAUGAUGCUGCACUGUAACUGUAUCAUCUACUUCAUUUCCAACAGCUUUGCCCUGCCUUUUUUUUUUUUUUUUCUUUUACCCUUUUUAUUCGAGCCACCUGUAAAAUCAGUGAGUUUUGCUCUGGUCUUCAAUCCCGUUGCUCCCUGGUAUGACAGCCGCUCGCUUUACACCUGCCAUUUUAGCCCAGAUUGACCUUUUUUAACCUUCCAAGUGCCCUCCUUCCUAUGAUUGUCACCCUUUAUGUAUGAAGCACAGACUCAUACAUCAGAGGUUCUAGCUUUACCAAAUGAUGCAUUCACACACAGGGUGGUUUCCUGAACAUUUCUGUCCGUGGGUAAAGAUGAGCAUGCUCUGGAAACCUGCCCUGUUGGGAUACUUCUGUACAGGAUACAGAGCAGAGGGCCGGACCCAUCCAAGCUUCAAGCGUCUUUUUUUCCCUGUGUACUUAUCAUGGUUGUUGUGUUUGUCACACCACGAGGUCCGCCAAUCACGUUUUUUUUGUCUUGUUUGACCUGAUGCUGUUUACUUGAAUUUCAUGUAUAGAAAUGACCUUGUUACUUGUGAGGUACAACAAAGUCACAAUGAAAGUAACAGAACUGAUACUGCUACUACAUGUGCAAAUGCUUUCCUUGAAUAACUACAGAGGUAAUAUAUUUUUGUAUUUUUAAAUAUAAACAAACACGUAUAUGGAAUUGCUAACCAAAAAAAAGAAAGAAAAAAAAGAGGAACCCUGCUUAACGUGCGCCAUCCUCCUAAUAACCCCAGUAGACAGCUUCUGGUUGUUGAAAUAAUAUGAAAGACUUGUAGAGUUGAUGAAUGAAGGACACAGAUUGACUUUCACAAAGAGCACAAUGAGGAAACCGCUACCCUGCAUGUUUUUUUUGGAGAAAAAAAAAGGUCUAUCCAUCUGUGUACAUAUUACAUAUAUUAUACAUAAUGAAGCCUCCUCAAAUACUUGUUUUAGUCAUCGUCAUAUGACUUUGUCCAAUAAGAAACUGCAAGUAUCCAUUGUAUUGAAUAAAAGCAUUUCUCCCUAUAAAGAUACUGGUAAUGAGUUUAAUUGUUUUUGUGCAAAUAUGCAAUGCACUAAGGCGGGGGUGUCCCAAACUUCUUCCAGCAAGGGCCACAUUCUGAAAAAUGAAAAGAUGCAAGGCCCAUUAGAUAUUUGGUGAAGCAGCACAUAUACUGUAGAUGUGCUAAGAAGUUAUGUAUAUUUAAAAAAAAAAAAGAAUAUCAUUAGUAUGACUUUGCUUUUUUUUCUAAAUUUUUUGCUGUUUUUUCAUUUUCCAAAUAUUUCUUCUUCCCAUAAUAUUAUGACUUUAUUCCCA